CUGAUACUGAUAAGAAACACGCGUCAAUAUUGACGUUUCGAUGUAAAAAACGAACAUGCUUGUGGUUUAAACCGUAAAAACGCUCAACUUAUUGGCUUUAAUACCCGGCAUCCAGGCCACACUUGUCAAAAAAAACAUUUGACAUAAUAACAUAACCUACAAAAUAUGAAAAAUGGCGCGAACUGUCAUUUUACAUAGAAUUUGAUAAAUUUGUAUUUUGUUUUGCAUACGCCGACUUAAAACUAUCGCUAUGCCGCUCGUAAAGGACUUAUCGUAUCGCGAAAUGCCUUCUUCAGAAACAGCCAACGCGGAUUACCACGAGUUUUUGUCGUUGGGGAAGCUGAUAGCGAAGAUUACUAAUCACCAGCAGACCGUCUUCCGGUGCCGGUCCGUCGGAGUCCUGUCCAACCAGGGGCUCGUCUACACUUUGGCUGACAUCGACGACAGGGCCACAGCUAUCCGGGUGUCUCUGCGUUACAUGAAAGCGAGUGCGCCGUAUUCGGGGAAACCGUACAUUGCGCAGAUUUUCGGCUUCGCGCAUUGGUUUUGUGAUACCCCUAUUCUGUACGCCAUCAAUAUCAAGGAAGUACAGCCACCUCUGGCUAAGAAACUUUGCUAUACAAUGGAAUGGAUUGUGAAUACCCAUAAAUUAAUAAGCCAAGAGAGGCGGGAAAGGAGGAAGGACGAAUGACGAUUCUACCAAGGCGAGUGGUACACUCGUCCCCAGCCCACUGAGUACGCAGUCGAGUGGCCCGUCCCCCCACCCAACCCCCCUAUGUUAGAGAAUGUACCCGUCCACGAGUAUACGAUGUGCUGUUGCAGGGAAGACGUAUACAGGGCUUCGAGUCCGCUCGAUUUCGAUCUCUCCUUGAUCGAUUACGAACAGUUUAAAAAAGAUGCGACUGAUCCGAUAGAUUGGAUCGAUUACAGUAUGCUAUAGUCGAUGUCGAUCAGUGAGACAUCGAUUAUUCACAGUUUGGGCGAGUCGUUUGAGAUAAAUUGACAUUAGUAUUGUAUUUACGACUAAGCGACAGUGAAAACAAAAAAAAAAACAAUAAGGCAAGUCAAAUCUCGACUAGGGAGCAAAUGUAACUGGU